UUAAGAUGGGGCCUAUGGGGGAUAAUGGCGGCCGUUGGCUUCGAGGAGUUCUCAGCCCCCCCCGGCUCGGAGCUGGCCCUUCCCCCUUUGUUUGGAGGCCACAUCCUUGAAGGUGAAUUAGAAGCCGAGGUGGAGUUUGAAGCCGGGGGGGGUCCCGGGGGACCGGGGGGGGGUGGAGACGAGGAGGAGGAAGAGGAGGAACAACGGAGGGAGGAAGGACGGAGACGGGAGGAGAUGGCCAGGAGGAAGAUGGCCGCCCUGGGACGGCGCUGCAGGGAGCUGGAGCAGGUCAAUGCUCGUGCCCUGUGCCGCCUGCAGUGGGUGCAGCGCAUGACCCGGCGGCUGCAGCAGGAGCGCAGGUUCCUAAUGAAGGUAUUGGAUUCCUAUGGGGACAAUUACCGGCAGAGCCACCUCACCUUCCUGCUCGAGGACGAAGCCUUUCGCCCCCCCCACCCGGGCAAUUGCAGAGAACGAACCCCCCGACAAAGAAAGUUG